AUGGCACGACGCUUUUUUGCCAUCGCCGUCUGCGGGCUGGCGCAUCUCAUAUAUGCCCAAGAUACGCUGUCAUCUGCGACUACUUCAUCGACGUCGAUGAAUACUGUCCCGGCUUCAGCAUCGGCCACUCCCACAGACGCCGCCUGGGUUAUACCAUUGGUCGGACCGACCAAUGAUUCCUCGUCCCCCUGGGGUGCGAAUAUCUCGCUGAACGGCAAACCAUCGCCUGCUCUUGUUCCCAUCGUCGUCGGCAAUGGCAGCCAGAGCAGCGGUUCAGAAUCCUCGUCCAGUGUUGCGACCUUUGCCAACGCCGUGCCCCCGUCUGGAAGCGGCGACCAGCUUCUGUGGAUGGCUUCUGGCAGCACCGAGCUGGUCUUGGGCCAGAACUCGUCGCUCAGCUUCUUGCAUCGUGACUCUUCUACGAAUGAAACCCUCCCGACCGUUCCUUUCGGCUUGAAUCUCGGAUACGCCGGAAAGUGGAAUGGCUCGCUGGUCUUUGGGGGCAGCUACGAUGAGAAUCGCAUCUACUGGCAGAUGAGCUGGGCGAUCAUCCCCGAAACCAGCAACGGGCAGGGCACCUUCUUGUCGACGGGGAAGCAGACGAUCGGUUCGGUUGCCCUUCGCCUUUAUGAAUACCAGCCUGACUUGUCUCCCCCUCCCAAUUUCGAUGGUUACCCGUUCGGCACGUCCAUGGACGCAGGCAUUGUCGCCCAGGCCCCGGCGAUCCUUGAUUUCUCCAGCGAGGAGCUGGUCCUGCCGUCCCAAGCAUGGUGUGGAAGGAACAUCACGUUGGAAUUCAACGACGACGUCAAGAACAUGUCGGGCGGCUGGUUCACGCCAUUCAAGAUUCCCAUCCUGGACGAGUUGACCUCGUCGCCCGGCAGAUGCUCCGGCCCCAAAGACACGAACAACUCAACGCCGCCCAUGAUCUUGGGAAAGCCCUUCUUUCAGUCGACUUAUUUGUACGUCGACACGAACGGGGAUGUCUAUUACUCCGCCGUGAAUAGAUGGGAUCUGCCGCCGAAUCCGGUGCCCUUUAACGCGUCCGCCUUUCUUAAACCUCCCUCCCCGCCACCAAGUGCAACACAGAGCCCUCGUCCCACCCACUCAUUAUCUGCGGGAGACAAGAUUGUUGGUCCUAUUGGCGAGGGAAGCAUUGGCGCUCUUGCAGGCUUGGUGACUGUCUUCUUGUGCGCGUUUUUGUUCCUCUGA